CCGGAAAUUUCGUGUCACAUUUUCCCUUGGCGUUCUCUCUUGGAAAUUGCUGUUUCGAACAACCCCAAGAGAUCACUUAUGCAAAAAGGGUAAUUAUGCUUACACUAAAGUUUCUAAGUCUAGCUGGAGUAACACUCUGGGUGUUUUAUGUUGGUUAUGUGGGGUUCCGCAGACGUGAAUCAUGGAAAUUUGUCUUCAAGGGAAGGGUUAUGAUUGGCGAAAGAGCAAAAGCCUCUGGAAAUACGCCGUUUUCUUUGCCCGUAUUCGGAUACGGAGAACGCAUGCAUAUCGUGUCCACAGAGCAGCAUUGGAAUGAUUUGAAAGGUGCUGAUAUUGCUCAUCUAUCGCUGCAUAGUUGGGUAAAAUCGUUCAUUCAACCUCAAUAUUCUCUGCUAGACCAAUGGCCAGACACGAGAGACCAGGAAGGCAUGCCUAUUAUCCGGGCCAUUCGGACUAUGUCGAGCAAUCUUCCUAGCCUCAGACCUCAGCUACUCGAAAUCUUCCAGCAUGAUCUAGAUAUGACAAUUCAGAAUUCACCAAAGUCAGGUGGAUUCGCCGAGAUGACUCUAAUGGCGACAUUGGAGUACAUGAUGGUCAGAAUCAAUUGCUUUUUUAUCCUCGGCAUAGAUGCUGCAAAUGACGUGAAGCUGGUCAAGAGCGGCAUUGCGGCGACGAAGGAGAUUGCCAUCAUUGGCGAAGCUGUUAGAGUAAUGCCUUCAAUUCUGGCGUUCCUAGUGGCAAAGUUGGUGAAAGGCAAGAAUCUGAAUCAGCGGUAUGUGCGCGACACAAUGAUGCGACUUGUAAAUGCGAGACGUGCGAUAAAAAGAAACGCUCUCAAGACUCUGUCUGACCCGGCAACCGUUCUUGAAGCCUUUGUGGACUCUAGCCCUGAUGAAUGGUCAACUUCAGAAAUUGUGCACCACCUCAACAUCCUUUUUACGACUACUACUCUUUCGCUAGGUGGAGUGGCAACUCAAUUUCUCAAGGAUUUAUAUUAUCAUACAACAUUUCACACACAAUUGAUAGACGAAAUUCAGGGGUCGCAGAUUAUGCCGUCGACAUCACGAACGAAACAGACCUCUCUGUUGGAAGGUGUCCUCAUGGAAUCAAUGCGCACACACUGUUUUCAAGCCACAGCCGUCCACAGAACGGCCAUCAGACCAUUCACAUUCUCAGAUGGCUAUACAGUUCCGGCAGGAGAAAGUGUACAGUUUUACCAGGCAGGUGUUCACUUCGACGAAAAACGAUAUAGUGAACCAGAAACUUUUGAUCCUACAAGGUUCCAAGGCGGUUUGCGUUCUGUGACAGAUGUUGGGAUGGAGUGGCCAUUCUGGGGAGUAGGCAAAAACUCUUGUCCUGGAAGGUUCUACUUCACAUAUGCCGUCAGGCUCCUAGCUGCGUAUUUGUUAACUGAGUUUGACUGCAAGCUAAAAAGCCCCGUUCUGCCGAACUUCCAUGUUGGUGAGAGUAGCAUUCCGAGUGAGAAGGUUGUGCUUCUUGUAAAGAGAAAAGAACAAAAGCUAUUCGAGUAGCUAUUGGGAAUUUAUUAUUUUAUUAAUAUCUAGUAAAUAAGCUAAUUCUCUAAAGCUACAUGUGGGUAUUAAAAUAAUAAAAGCUACUAGUUUAAGUAUUAUAUUUAUUAUAUAUUGUAUAAAACAAAAUA